GAGUCUUAGCAAACCUUUUUGUUUCCUUUUUGUUCAUCGGUAUUAGGAUUUCUCUUGAAUAUUCUGUGGCAUGUUCAUCUGUCUACCAUGAUGCUAAGCAUCUGAAGAGAACGCACUGUAUAGGGUAGUACUCUUUAACCCUAAAGGCUUCGUAUGUGUAUGGCUUUUAUGUAUGGACUUGAAAAGCUUUGGACUAUCCCGUGAUAAUGGCAUCAAGAAACAUCUGUCGUGUGAGAAGGAACUUCCUCUUUGACUUAAGAGGUUGGGUGCUCCAAUAUUCAGCAGAAGUUUUCCUCAAGUCGAUUUCAUUCAGGCCCUUUAGUGUGGAAUGCGACAGUAAAGACAGGCAGAAUGGGGACCUACUCAACAACUUACUCACCAUGGGAGUUGAUGUCGACAUGGCAAGAAGGCGACAGCCUGGAGUUUUUAACAGGGCUGUCACGAAUGAGCAGGAGCUGAAGACUUUCCUUCUGUCUAAAGGAGCGAGUGACAAAGUGAUUGGUAGCAUCAUAUCAAGAUAUCCACGAGCCAUAACACGCACUCCUGAAAGUCUUUCAAAACGGUGGGAUCUGUGGAGAAAGAUUAUGGCAUCAGACCUUGAAAUUGUAAAUAUUUUGGAGCGUUCUCCUGAAUCCUUCUUUCGGUCUAAUAACAACCUAAACUUAGAGAAUAACAUAAAGUUCCUCUGCUCUGUUGGGUUGACUCAUAAAUGCCUCUGCCGACUGUUAACCAAUGCUCCCAGGACCUUCUCCAACAGUCUGAAUUUGAACAAACAAAUGGUUGAAUUUUUGCAGGAGACCGGUAUAUCCUUAGGUCACAAUAAUCCCACAGAUUUUGUCAGGAACAUAAUUUCUAAAAAUCCUUCCAUCUUAAUUCAGAGCACCAAACGUGUGAAAACUAACAUUGAAUUUUUACAGACAACUUUCAAUUUAGACAAAGAGGACCUACUGCUUCUGAUAUGUGGUCCAGGAGCUAGAAUCUUAGACCUUUCCAAUGACUGUACCAAAAGAAACUACACAAACAUCAAAGAGAGGCUGCUCUCUCUCGGAUGCACUGAGGAGGAGGUACAGAAGUUUGUCCUAAGCUAUCUGAAUAUGAUCUUCUUGUCAGAGAAAAAGUUUAAUGAUAAAAUAGACUGCCUCCUAGAAGAAAAAAUCAGUAUUUCACAAAUACUUGAAAAUCCAAGGGUAUUAGACUCAAGCAUACAUACUUUAAAAACUCGCAUCAGAGAGUUGGCACAUGCUGGAUAUGACGUGAGCACCUCAAGCAUUGCUCUGCUGUCCUGGAGUCAGAGACGAUAUGAAGCUAAACUGAAGAGGUUAAGUGGAUAGGACAGGUGGAGUCACCAGGAAUCUUGCAAGUGUAGCUUGGUUCCAGUUUGGACUUUUCAAACAGGAGAGAUUUUUUUAAAUAAUUUUUUUACUUAAAUCAUUUAAGUAAAUAUUUUAAAAUAUUUAAUAUUGCA